AUCUAUUCAUGACGUCGACCUUCGAAGCCAAAUCGCCCAAUGAGCAGGAGCUAAAAGAUAGCACCGCGACCUCAGCUUCUCUCCACAAUUCCCCGCCAUCGGCAUCGAUAUCACCCCCACCGCCUUCGCAAUUCAGCCCUCCAUCACGGGCCCAAAAAUUAUACAACUUCGUAACAUGGACACCGCCACAUUGCCGGUGGGACCCCACCAAACCGCCCCAGUUUUCAAUGGCAUUGAAUGUCCUGUUUGCUUUUGCUGCGGGCUUCACCGUCGCCAAUCUGUAUUACACGCAUCCCAUUUUGAACAUUCUGGCUGAGGAUUUUGGUGUCAAUUAUGAAAAUGUGGCACAAAUCCCAACGGUGAUGCAGGCGGGUUAUGCAGCAGGGUUGUUGUUCCUAUGUCCAUUGGGGGAUCUCUUACCGAGACGCCCCUUUGUUGUCGGUCUGGUGGGGUUCACAGCGACUGUUUGGCUCGGGCUAUGCCUCACCAACGACCUCGCUGUGUUCACUGCGCUUUCCUUCAUUGUCGCUGUCACAACAGUAACGCCUCAGCUCAUGCUCCCUCUGGUAGGAGAUCUAGCUCCACCAAAUCGCCGCGCAGCAGCUCUAUCCAUUGUAGUGUCCGGUCUUCAGCUCGGAAUCCUCAUCGCGCGUGUGCUAUCAGGAACCAUGACCAACUUUGUGACUUGGCGAGCUAUCUACUGGAUGUCCUUCGGCCUCCAAUACGCCAUAUUCCUUCUCCUCUGGCUCUUCAUGCCAGACUACCCAUCCACCAACACCAACCUAAAUUACUUCCGCCUCCUAUGGAGCAUCGUGCAGAUGAUGCGUCGCCACGCUGUGCUGGUCCAAGCCUGCCUGGCCGCAUUCUUCACGAGCGCUACCUUCACUGCCUUCUGGACCACACUUACUUUCCUUCUCGCAGGCGCCCCUUACCACUACACGCCGCUGACCAUCGGGCUCUUCGGCCUCAUCGGCAUCGCCGGCAUGUGCGUUGGCCCCAUCUACGCUCGCAACGUAACGGACAAGUUUCAUCCGCAUCUUUCCGUUCUCGUGGGCUUGUUCUGCUGCCUCGUGGGGAUCUGUCUGGGGACAUAUAUCGGCCCGUUCAACGUCUCUGGCCCCGUGCUACAAGCUUUCCUUGCGGACUUUGGCAUGCAGACGGCGGCCAUAGCGAACAGGGCGGCCAUUUACGCCGUGGAGCCGAAGCGACGGAAUGGAGUUAACACCGCUUUCAUGGUGUUUACUUUCUGCGGUCAGCUCCUUGGUACUUCGGCAGGAAAUCAUAUCUAUGCAAGGGCGGGUUGGAUUGGCUCUGGGAGUGCGAGUGUGGGGCUCGUUGGGCUCGCUAUUUUGGCCAUGGUGGCGAGGGGUCCUUGGGAGACUGGUUGGGUUGGGUGGAAAGGUGGAUGGAGUUUUAGGAAAAGAGAAGACGUUGCGCCAGUGUAA